GCACCACGUCACAGUCCGACCGGAAGACCAGCCCAAAACCGCUUUUGUCCUGUUCGAAGGCAAGUGGCAGUGGAUCCGGUGUCCCAUGGGAAUUUGCAACGCCCCCUCAACAUUCCAGCGGGCCAUGAAUAUGGCCUUCGCCGAGUUCGUUAACAAAACUCAUUUGACACAGCCGUUGAUAAAUUUUUGUGUGAUUGUGUACAUGGAUGGCAUUUUGGUCUUUUCCAAAACCUAUGAGUACCAUGUGGAACAUGUCGAAUGGGUGUUACAUGCGUUGAAGGAUGCGGAGUUCAAAGUGGCUCUGGAGAAAAGCGAGUUCUUUCUGUCCGAAAUUUCCUUUUUGGGCUACAUCGUCACGGUCGAGGGACUGAAACCGGAUCCCAGGAAGGUAGCAGCGGUUCGAGAAGCCCCGGCCCCGGUGACGCUCACUCAGGUUCGAGCCUUCCUAGGGCUGGCCUCUUAUUAUCGACGCUUCAUUCGGAGCUUUGCCUGCCUCGCCAAGCCGCUGACGAACCUGCUGAAGAAGGAGGAGCAGUUGAUUUGGACGUCGGAGUGCGAGGCGGUUUUUCGGGCACUCAAGGAGGCUCUGACAUCGGCACCCGUGUUGGCGCGUCCCGAUCCGACAAGACAAUUUGCGCUGCAUACCGACUGGCAGCCGCAGGCGGUAUCGGCGGUGCUGACUCAGCAAGGAACGGAUGGAAGGGAGCACGUCAUCGAGUAUGCGUCAAAAACUCUAAGCCAGGCGCAGUCGAACUACGAGGCAUGCAAGGAUCGCUUGUUGCGGCAUCAGUUCAACGAGGAGAGGCAGUUGCGAUACGACAUUCAGCAGGUGAACGUGCCAGCGCCCGGGGUUGCUGAUCUGGCGGCGUACUCGUUACUUUGUGAUCAGCUGACGUAUGCGGGGGUGUACGUGGACGUGAUGCAAUUGCCGGGCAUCGAGUUCCGCUCGCUCCAGGUGGCACCUUACUUCAUGCAUAGUGUCGCCACGUUUAUCGGAGACUUGACGAUCCUGCCGCAGCCGAGUCGGGAGCUGGCAUUCUUCGUGGAUCACGAAGACCACUGUAUCGGGGAGCACUUCGUCGUCUAUUACGUCAUCACGCGGCCCAAGCCAGCGCAGAAGGAGGGGACGGUGGCGUUGUACCCAUACGCCCAGCUCCAGACGACUGAUCCGGGAUUGUUAGAGCUCAUACAUUUUGAGCUCCUAUCCAUUGCGCAAGUGAUCGCGAGCGAGGAAGAGGAGAUCCAGCCACGAUUGCGGAUGCCGGCUGCCCCGCGGAGAACGUACAACGUGGUCGUCAUCCCGGAUUACAUCGCGCAGUGCGAGGAGAGGUUGGAGGACUUCGCGGAAGAAAAGCCGUUGCGACCUCCCUUGUUGUAUCCCAGACCGGCACCGCCAAAGGCCCCCAAGAAGACGCCGAAGAGGAAGAGACGCCACCCGUCGCCAGGAGCGCAAGGCAGCAGAAUCGGUGGCGGCGAGGAGGUGGUCCAGCCCGUGCGCACGCGGAAUCUUGACCCGGUGCCUGGGAGUGCGGUGACGCUGGUUAAGGAGACUGUCGUGCCAUCGCCGCCCUUCCCGCGCGUGCCCGAUCUCAAUCUCGAUGGAGCCGGGCCAUCAGCCGCAGCAGCCGGAGGAGGAAGCCGAAUGGGAUUACAGGAUCCCUUAUCCAGAUCCCCCAUCCUCGCGGGACCUUUCCGCUUCCGCCAGCCACCCCGGAGUGCCCCGAUCAUUGACAUUAGUAGUUCCUCCGAGCCGAACAGUCCAUCUGACCGAGGUGGAUUUCAUGGUGGAGCCCACCACCAUUCGGCUCGAGGCCAUUGCGGGGGCGCCGCGCCCUGAUCCGGCGUGGGAGCCAUAUCUGACACCCCCUUUUCAAGGGUGUAUCGCGGACCGGCUGGCGGGGACGC